AUGACUAAUUGUAUGGAGAAUCAUGUUGCGUCCUCGUUGUAUGAUACGUUUGGGGAGCCAAAAAUCGCGCCUCGAGUUGGGAAUGAAUAUCAGGCUGAACUGCCUCAGGUUCUUGGAGAUUCAAACACUUUGUGUCACUCAAUGGACUGUGCAGAUGAUGAGACCAGAGCUGAUUCCCUGCAAAAUUUCGACUUUGGUUCGUCUAUAAAGUUGGCGUGGAUAAGCAGUGAGCAAUCUGGUAUGAGGGGAUCACUUGAUUGGAUGGAUGAAAUAGACGAGCGCAGUGGUAAAAACUAUCGUUUGGUUCCUGAAAGCUGUGAUGAAUGCUGGUCUGAAGCUGAGAAGGGCUGUUUCCUUCUUGGAUUGUACAUAUUUGCAAAGAACUUUGUCGAGAUAAAGAAAUUUGUUGGGACGAAGGAUAUGGUAGCUGUGCAGUCGUACUACUAUGGGACGUUCUACUCUUCACCGGAGUAUCACAGAUGGUACAGCGCUAAGCACAAGAGAUGCAAAUUAGGCCGGGGAUUGUUUUAUGGGCUAAGGCUGCAAGAAUUUCUAUCUAGGGUGCUACCAAGAGUAGGGGAGUCUCAGAAUGCUUUAUUGGAGGUUUCUAAAUCAUUUGAGAAUGAAAAGAUAUCAGUGGCAGAGUAUGCCUUCCUUUUGAAGGCGAUGAUUGGUACAGAGUUGCUCGUGGAAGCCGUUGGCAUUGGGAGAGAGCAUCAAGAUCUCACUGCAAUGGCUACGAGACACUCAAAGACACGCCAUGAUAUGCCAUCAGAGAACGUGUAUACCUCACUCACAACAGCUGAGAUAUCGAACUUGUUGAGUGGAGAGCACCGGCUGAGCAAGGCCAGAUCGAAUGAUCUCUUCUGGGAGGCAGUCUGGCCGCGUCUGCUAGCAAGCGGUUGGCAUUCGGAGGAGGCCACGAACUACAGAGACGUUGCUAGUUCAAAUGCAAGUCCUAGCCUAGUUUUUCUUAUUCCCGGAGUGAAGAGAUUUUCGAGGAGAGAACUGGUGAGAGGUGAUCAAUAUUUUGAUACUGUGGCUGAUGUGUUGAGAAAAGUUGCUCGAGAGCCUGCCCUGCUCGAGCUCGAGCUCGACCAAGAAGGCGUUGGUUGCAGCAACAAGGUAGAACAAUGUGGAUUGGCUAAUGAUGAGAAUCAUUGCAGUUUUUCCAUCACUGUUGUGGAUACAGGCCUCCCAGAUGGGAAGGUAGUCGAAUUCAGAACCUUCCCAUCUGCAGCAGAGAUCGGUCGCGAAACACCUGAUGAGGCUACAAUUCUAGGCAAGAAACGCGGCCACGAUGCCAUGGCCUUGGAUGAAGAAGCUCGUCCGACUUCCCCUGAUGCAAGAACCGCGUUAGUGCACAAGAAACGCACCACUCGAGGUCAAAAUGAAGAUGAAGUAAGCAAGAAUGUUGAUAUAUUGCCAUCCACUAGCAGCAGCAGCAGCAACAACAGCAGCAGCAGCAUUGAAGAGAAACAACCUCAGUUUUUUAUUGACCUCAACUUGCCUCCAGAGUCCGAGCAAGAUAUCAUCACUUCAAAAAACAAUCUUGAAACUGCUAGCUCGAACCAAACAAGGUUUAGCACGAGGCGUAGGCCUCCAACAAUGAGAGUUCUAGAAGCUUUUGCGCACGGAUACUUGAGUGUGAACAAGAAGCAGAAGAAGAAGGAAGACGGGCAAUGAGCAAGCGAUGUUGAAAGAGGAGAUCUAUCUGACAAUCUCUGUGUUUUUGCUGCUUCCAUGUGAAAAACCAAGUAAAGAAAGUGGUCCUGGUUGGCAGCAUUCAAGAAUAAUUUUGUAGGUGAGAAAGCACAUACUAGUAUUUUCUUGCAGCUGAUUUAGGUGCUGCAGAUGUUUCUUACCAAAUACCAAUCAACUUUGCAGUGAUUUCAUUGUUGC